GGGAGCGGUCUGCACGGAGAGGGCUAAAAACGAGGUGAAUUAGAAUGUCAAUAGUUGCAGUCCAGCUUGGCCAGUGUGGUAACCAAAUUGGUCAAGAGGUGUUUAACACCAUCUGUGGUGAUGUCCGUGGCACACAUGGGUUGUGUUCCAAGAAGGAGAAUGAAGCCUACCACGAUGCCUGUACAGAACGGUUUUUCAGCGAGGCAGAGUCUGGAGUACCAGUUGCUCGGGCUGUGCUUGUUGACAUGGAACCUAAAGUAAUCAGCCAAACUUUAUCAAUAGCUGCCCGGUCUGGCCACUGGAAAUACAAUGAUCAGUCGCACUUCUGUCAGAAGCAAGGGUCUGGGAACAACUGGGCAAAUGGCUACUCUGUUCACGGGCCUAGAAACAAAGAAGUAAUCAUGAAUCUAGUGCGAAAAGAAGUAGAGAAAUGUGACCGACUCAGUGGAUUUUUCACAAUAAUGAGCAUGGCUGGUGGUACAGGUUCUGGCCUAGGAGCAUUUGUGACUCAGUGUUUAAGAGAUGCUUUUCCAACCUCAUUUAUACUAAACCACGUUAUCUGGCCCUAUGGCACUGGUGAGGUCAUUGUUCAAAACUACAACUCUGUUUUGACUCUGUCACAUCUGUAUCAGUCAUCAGAUGCUCUUCUUGUUCAUGAAAAUGAUGUCAUCCACAAGAUCUGUGCUCAGCUGAUGCAUAUUAAACAGAUCUCCUUCAGGGAUGUAAAUCAAGUCAUUGCACAUCAACUGGGGAGUGUUUUCCAGCCUGCUCACACAGCAGAAGCUAGCUUACACUACAGCAGAAACCCCUUAGGAGACUUAAUGGAGACGUUAGUUCCACAUCCUGAAUUCAAGAUGUUGGGUCUCCGUAACAUACCUCAGAUGCCUGAAAACUCCCUUGCAUAUAGCACGUUCAGUUGGCAUGGACUCCUCAAACAUCUGAGGCAAAUGCUCAUUGCUAAUGCUAAAAUGGAGGAAGGUAUUGAUUGGCAAGUACGGCCGCCAUGUCCAGGCUCCUCCAUCUCCUCCAGUCAUUCCACGAACAAGCUGCUGCAUUUCAAUACUUCCAUUGCCAACCUGGUCAUCCUGCGAGGAAAAGAUACACACAGUGUAGACUUAGGAAGUUUCCGAGAUCCCUCGUUAUAUACAUCAUGGCUAAAUCCUCAGGAUGCUUUUAAUGAGUGGAAAACCCCAAGAGCAUUUAAUAAGUAUGAAAAGUCUGCUUCUCUGGUUAGCAAUAGCCAGUUCCUGCUGAAACCUCUUGACAAUGUUGUAGGAAAAGCUUGGAAUAUGUUUGCUUCCAAAGCCUAUGUUCACCAGUAUACUAAGUUUGGAAUUGAAGAGGAAGAUUUCUUGGACAGUUUCACAGCUCUGGAACAAGUUAUCUCCAGUUACACCAACCUUUGAUUUUUGAAAUGGUUUCUUCCUGAAAGAACCCAGCACUGGAAGACCUUCCAUCAACUAUCAAAUAUAUAAACUACUGGACUACAACUAUUUGUUAAUCUUGUGAGCAAGGCAUGCUCACAAUCAAACUGGAUGAGAACUGAGUAUGUUGAUAUGCACAGAUAUUAUUCCUAUUUAACAGAUGUAGUAGCUGUUUUCCAAAACAGCUGAUAUCUGUUAUAGCUUAAUCUUUAAAUGUCAUUUUCAGAACUUGCAUAUUUUUAAUAAAGAAUUUCUAUACAGAAGGGCUUCUCCCUAGGCA